AUGGGGACAUUCGAAAAAUGCAUCUUUCUAGGGUGCAUCCUUGCCCUGGCCGGCAUAACCCUCUUUUCCCAUCCCGAUCACCAUGAAAGCAAGGUGAUCCAAGAGCCCUGGGGAAUCCCAUGCGAUGAUCGGCAUCCAUGCCAAAGCGGCUGCUGUUCCCAUUCCGGGAUUUGCGGAGUAGGACCUGAAUACUGCGGCGCGGAUACUUGCAUUGACUGCCGUACACGCGCGAGGCCGCGGAGCAAAACCUCCCAUCUCAGACGCUUCGUUGGCUAUUAUGAGCUAUGGAGUGCAGACAGGCCUUGUAAUAGAAUGGCGGCCUUUGAGCUACCAUCCGCGACAUACGCACACGUGAACCUGGCCUUCAUCACUAUUGACCCUACUACUUUCGAGGUGGUUCCAAUCCCGGCUGCACACGCCAAUGCAAUCCAGAGAUUCACCCAGCGGAAGAAGUACGAUCCUGAUCUAAGAGUCUUCGUGACUGUCAGUGGGCUGGCGCCACACGACUGGAGCAAGCCCGAUGCCUCUGUAUUUUCCCGACUCGCCCGCUCAGACGCGCAUCAGACUGUCUUUCUCCGAUCUCUCACGUCGUUCAUAUCCACCUACGACAUAGAUGGAGUAGACAUCAACUGGGAGCACCCGGAUGGGUUCUCCGAUGACUACGAGAACCUACCAAAAUUAAUGCAGAACAUCCGUUCGGCGUUGUUACUCACCGGUGGCCGCUACGGAUUGAGCAUGACACUCCCUGUUUCGCUGCCAAAUUUGCAUCAUUACAACCUACGAAGGCUGCCUAGAUACGUCGACUAUUUCAACCUAAUGCCGCUGGACUUACAUUCGCAACUGCAGAUGGGGGAUACGUGGCAGGGCCAGUCACUCGGGCCGGUCGUGAAUAUGACCCAGGUGGAAGAGGCAAUGGAUCUCCUGUGGAGGAAUCAUGUUAUGCCAGACAAUGUAAACUUUGGCAUUGCGUUGUACAGCGCCUCCUUGGUCCCAGCGGACCGGGAAUGCACUCAUGUUGGCUGCCCAGCUCUCUCCGGCGCAACGCCAGGGUUUAGCAGCUUGAAGCAGGGGAUGCUAAUGAACUCGGAGGUGCAGGAUUUGAUGGACCCUGCCUUUCACGAGCGAGCGCAUGGCCGACUGUACCACAGACAUGACUGGGGGUCGAGAGCGCUUCAAUAUAGCGUUUUAGAUGCGGACGCCGGCGUCCGUAUUUCCCAGAAUAAGCACCAGUGGAUCGCCUAUGAAGACCGAGAAACGCUGGAGAAAAAGCUGGAGUCUGCGAGGGACUUGGGCUUUGGAGGUGUAGUUGUCUGGGCCAUGAGCCAUGAUACGUAUAAUGCGGACUAUACAAAAGUGCUGGACUGUUUGCUCGAGGAGAAGUUCCACCGGCGCAAGUCUCUUCAAUAUCACUAUUGUAAUGAGAUACAAUUGCAUCAGGUUUAAGUGGAGUUAUCCCGGUG